GGGAGGGGGUGUAGGAUUUGGGCAGAGUUGAUGUGUUAGGCUUAUUUUUCCAACACAGUAACUCUCUCUCUCAAGUCUCAACUAUAAAACACCUUCCAGCAUCCCCCAAAUCCCCCAAACUCUCUCUCUCUCUCUCUUUUGCCAUAUCAAAUUAUGAAUUACAUGGAACGCACUCCUCUUAUGAAUUGGGCUUACUACUGCCACGGAAAGUCAAUGGAGGAGCUGAAGCAGUCCCUGAUGUACGCAACUGUUGAGCUGGAAGAAACGAGAGCGAGUGUGGAAGAGGAGCUGAGAAAGAGGGACGAAGAGCUGGUGAGGCUGAAGGAGGUUCUGAGGAAAGUGAUGAGAGAAAGGGACGAAGCAAAAGAGAAAUGGCAGAGGCUGGUUAUUCCUCCAGGGUCAGGGGUUUCAAGCAUUGAGGAUGAGCCCAGAAGAGAUGGCCUCUCAAUCUCAUCGUCGGAUUGCGAGGAGAGCAUUGUUUCCUCUCCGCUCCAUGGGGGCCCCAUGAUAUCAACAGACAAACCGUUGCCAGAAAAGGGUAAGCUUUUGCAAGCAGUCAUGAAAGCAGGUCCUCUCCUGCAGACACUGCUUCUUGCAGGACCACUUCCUCAAUGGAGACACCCUCCGCCCCCUCUCGAGUCCUUUCAGAUUCCACCUGUCACCAUUCCUUCACACCCACAACCCCAAGAUUCCAACUGCAGGAAGAGGCUUUUCUCUCAGCCCCCUCAUUCUCCCUCGCAGACCAAGUAUCAAAGGAUUCUACUCCACUGACUCCUAUUUAGUAACUUAUUGUUAUCAUUCUAAACAAAAGGACUCAUCUACCGUAUGUACAGUGCUUUCUAUUAACUCGCUGGGAGGGCUUGCUUUUUGGCUUUCAGGAUUUGUCCUUGUCAUUUUUCCCCUUUUCACAUUCUCCUCUUGUUUUCUGUGAGGUGAAAGGGUCACUGAAAUUGUAAUGUAACUAGGAUACUGUAGUGUAGUGCAUUUGUGUGUGUGUGAUGGAUAAGAUCACAUCAACAAUUAAGAGAAUGGGUGUGUAGUCGUUGGGGUUGGGGGAGGGUGUGCCCAACCACCAAGGGUCGGGUUAGGUGGACCCACAAAUCAGAAUCAGGAUCUAUUACUGGUGUCAUGUAUCAUUAUAUUAAGCUUUUUUAGACAACUUAUCAUUAUUCA